AUGAGCCAAGAACAGCCGAGGAGGCCCCAGGAGGAUGAGCAGCAGAGGGAAAGCCAAUACGGCGUCGACGCUUAUCUUGAGCUUGCUGCCGAGAAGGCCGCUGACUCCGCCGUGCAGAGUCCCGUUGGUCUGAAGCUUAUCAAUGCAGAUGAAUUUAGUUUCAGCAAUAGGGAGACUGAACGUUCCGAACAACGAGUCAUUUUCGAACCAAUCGGGGGACAGGUUACGAGUCAAAACUCAAGGCAUGUAGAUGAAAAGGAAAGGAAAAUCAGUGGUUUAGCUAAGGUUAUUGGGAAAAACAGCCAGAGAGGUCCUUUGUCAGCAACAACUACUGGUCAACCUGUUGGCGCCGGUACUGGUAGUCAAAUCACCAUAGGCGAAGCCUUGGAGGCGACUGCCCUGACGGCUGGACAGAAGCCGGUAGAGUGGAGUGAUGCUGCCGCAAUUCAAGCAGCUGAGGUUAGAGCCACUGGCCGAACCAACAUUGUACCUGGUGGUGUCGCUGCCGCAGCUCAAUCGGCGGCAACUCUCAAUGCUAGGGCUACGCGUGACGAGGACAAGACCAAACUCGCUGAUAUCCUUGCGGAUGCAACUUCAAAAUUACCGGCUGACAAACCAGCGACUAGGCGAGAUGCUGAGGGCGUUACUGGUGCAGAAAUGCGAAAUGAUCCAUAUUUGACCACCCAUCCCACCGGUGUGGCAGCUUCGGUGGCAGCUGCUGCUAGGCUCAACCAGGGUAAUUGCAACGAAGGAACAAAAUAG